AUGGGCUUGUUUUCUGUGCCUGGGCUUUUAACUUGUCUUCUUCUUCAGAUGGUCUGGGGUCUGCCUGCUCCAGAGACAACUGAAAUAGACGUCGAUGGAGGAAUUGAUCAGGACAUCUUCGACAUAAAUGAAGCUUUAGGAUUAGACCUUUUUGAGGGAGACAUCAAACUUCCUGGGGUGAGUUCAAAUGAGCGAAACUCCAUCAUUGGUGACAACUAUCGGUGGCCCCACGUUAUCCCUUACGUCCUUAUGGACAGCCUGGAAAUGAAUGCUAAGGGACUCAUCCUCAAGGCAUUUGAACAAUAUCGACUGAAAACCUGUAUUGACUUCAAACCUUGGGAAGGGGAGAAGAACUACAUAUCUGUGUUCAAAGGAAAUGGCUGCUGGUCCUCAGUGGGAAACAUGCAAAUGGGCUUGCAGCAGCUCUCCAUUGGAGCCAACUGUGACAGGAUUGGGACAAUCGAGCAUGAAUUCCUGCACGCCCUGGGAUUCUGGCACGAGCAGUCACGGUCUGACCGGGAUGACUAUGUGACCAUUGUCUGGGACAGGAUUCAGUAUGGUAAAGAACAUAAUUUCAAUAAAUAUGAUGAUAGAAGAUCAGACUUCCUGAACGUUCCCUAUGACUACAAUUCUGUGAUGCACUACAGCAAGACUGCAUUCAGGAAUGGAACUGAGCCCACCAUCAUCACCAACAUACCAGACUUCUUGGAUGUCAUAGGACAGCGGAUGGAUUUCAGUGAGUACGACCUCCAGAAACUGAACAAGCUGUACAACUGCACCUCCUCCCUAAGUUUCAUGGACACGUGCAGUUUUGAACUUGAAAAUAUAUGUGGCAUGAUUCAAAGUUCAGCUGAUAAUGGUGAUUGGCAGCGUUUGUCUCAGGUUCCUGCUGGGCCAAAUACUGAUCACACUAACAUGGGAAAGUGCAAAGAUUCUGGCUACUUCAUGCAUUUUAACACCAGUUCUGGAGGAGAAGGAAGCACAGCUGCCCUGGAGAGCCGAAUUUUCUAUCCCAAAAGAGGUUUUCAGUGCUUGCAAUUCUAUUUAUACAACAGUGGUAAUGAGAAUGACCAGCUGAAUGUCUGGGUCAGGGAGUACACGUCAGCCAAUCCAAAUGGCACUCUGAGAUUCAUUGAAGAGAUAAAAGGUUCACCUGAGACCUACUGGCAGCUCCAUCAUGUUUCUUUGAACGUCACGAGUAAAUUCCGGGUUGUGUUUGAAGGCGUGAGAGGAAGUGGCUUAUCAAAUGGAGGCCUCUCUAUUGAUGACAUCAACUUGUCAGAAACUCAGUGUCCCCACCACAUCUGGCAUAUCAGAAAUUUCACACAUCUCCUCAACACAAGUCCAGCAGGGAGCAAUGGGACAAUAUACAGCCCACCAUUUUACUCUAGUAAAGGAUAUGCUUUUCAGGUCAGCUUGUAUGUAAAUGGUACCACUGAUAACCCAUUUAAUUUAGGAAUAUACUUGUCCUUGGUUUCUGGAGCAAAUGAUGCUCAUUUGGAAUGGCCCUGUCCAUGGCAACAAGUUACCAUGAUCCUGCUUGACCAGCAUCCUGACAUUCGUCAACAGAUGUCAAACCAAAGAAGUAUAACAACAGACCCUCAGAGAUUAUCAGGUUCCUCAUCAAAUUUUACUUGGGAUAGGCCAGAUGAAGUGGGAUCUGAAGCAACUUAUCCCAAUGGAACUAAAUACAUGAGAGGCCCAGGAGUUGGAACAAGCGCAUUUUUGACUCAUCAGAGGCUUAGAAGCCGCAACUUUAUUAAAGAGGAUGGUGUUUAUAUUCUUUUAACAAUGGAAGAUAUAUCACAUCUCCUGUCGACUCAGCCGAGCACUCCACCCCCUGUUACGACUACAAGUGCCAGCCCCACCACCACAGGCCACACCACCCAGCCCACAGAUCCAGAGGUUCCGGCUCUCUGCCCAAACAACCCCUGUGAGAACGACGGUGUUUGUGUCUUGGUUAACAGAGCCCCAGUGUGCAGAUGUCCAGCAGGUGACAACUGGUGGUACAUGGGAGAAAGGUGUGAAAGAAAAGGCUCAACUCGAGAAAAUACUGUAAUAGCUGUUUCUUCAACCUUAACUGUGUUUGUUGUAAUGCUUAUUGUCACCAUCACAACUGCAGUGUGCCUUAAAAAGAAAUACAAACAAGGAAAGGAGAAUAUACAUAGCCUGGCUCUAGAGGAAACUAAAACAUCCUUCUGAAGAUAAUGCAAACAAGCAUCAAAGACACAAGAUGAACAAGAUGAACAUCACUUCAAAACCACAACUACGUCAUCACUCUUUCUGUUCCUUUUAUCUCAACCAUCACGAUAAAAGUUUGUAAAGUCUGGAAAAUAAUUCAUCAUCUGGAUAAAAUACUGUGCUAAAGGCAGUGGAGUGUCUGACAGGGCUGUGUAUCGUCAUGCAA